CAAGGUUUCCACGUGCUUCUGUUUGUAAACAACCCAAGGAGUCGAUCGGGUUUUCACGUAAAAUUUAAUUAUUGUUGUCUGGCGAGCACCUCGUGGAUUACCAGCGAAAGAUGUCCGUCAGCGCUCCCAGUGUGUUCAUGCUAAAUGUGACAGGCCAGGUGGAGAGCGGAAAGUUCAUUGAAGGAGAUAAUCUUUAUUUCUCAUACUGCUUCACUUCGGGGCAAGACUGGGAGGCCAUUUCUGGUUUGGAAGAGUGCAUCUCUCAAAUAACACGUCGUAGUGAUGACGAGAGACAGAUCUUCACCUGGAAUUUUCCAAUCGACAUUACCUUCAAAUCGACUAAUCCCUUUGGAUGGCCCCAGUUGGUGCUGAGUAUUUAUGGAACAGAUAUCUUCGGAAAUGAGGUUGUUAUGGGGUACACAGCAUGUCACCUUCCAUUGGCUCCUGGAAAACAUACUCGCAAACUCACCACCUUUGUACCAGAAUCUGCAUCUACCAUUCAAAAAUUCAUGGCCUGGCUGACAGGACGAAGACCAGAGUUUGUCGACCCAAAAUUAAUAACGCAGGGCAGAGGACGUGAAGUUACCCGCGUGAGAUCACAAGGAGAAGUAACGGUCUCUUUCAAUGUAAUGUUGAAGGACUUUGCCAAGCUGGGGUAUGACUGCGGCGUUCCUCCACGAACACCCUACUUUGACGUUCCCAUCCAGAACGUCAAGGGAACCGUGCUAAGCGGUGCGGGACACAGUGAAGCUUGAUACGUAUGGAUGAAAUAUUUGCUUGAUCGAUAAAGCAGAAUCUCUGGUCGUAUAAACUUAUCGUGCUCUUCUUCCAUGCCACAUAGUCUUAGCCAAAUGACAUAUACCUCUGAGAAAAUUUAUUAGACAUGCUGUUUGGCUGAAGCUUUAUAGUACAAAGAGUUUUGCAGUUGAAAGGAACAGAGGAGCUGUAAUAUUUCUGAGUGCUUCAGUGUAAUGGCAGCAAUUAUAUAUGAGUGCAUAUUUUUUCAGAUUUUUUGCAUAUUUUUUUAUAUCUGAGGAAGCUUUCCAAAAUUUUAUCUUGUGAAUAAUGGUAAAACUUUGAAGCUGUUUUGUAAUCUUUUUACUGCUAGUCAUUUCUGCAUAAAGCAUUAAGGUGCUUGAUUUUUAUACAAGUAUGUUUUUUCUAUUUGAUGAUAGCUUUGUAUAUAUAGGAUUACUGAAUUCUUUUUAAGAAAAUGCUGAUGAUUUUUUCUCAAAGUACUUGCAUUUGAUUUUUGUAAUCUUCUUUGUCAGCUAAUAUGAAGUAAAAUCAUUGAAACAUCA